AUGUCUGAUCCAAAGAUCUACAGUGUUGGCUGGAUAUGCGCCAUCAACAUUGAAUAUGUCGCCGCUCAAACUUUCCUCGACGAAAAGCACGGUGGUCCGGAGUAUCUGUCGCCUCAAAACAAGAACGACUACGUAUUGGGCAGAAUUGGUAGACACAAUAUAGUGAUAUCCGUCUUACCUAUGGGGGAAUACGGCACGUCCUCAGCAGCAAGGGUCGCGGAGGACAUGAUGCAUAGUUUCCCGAAUAUUCGAAUCGGUUUGAUGGUCGGUAUCGGAGGGGGAGCCCCGAGUCUGAAAAAUGAUAUUCGCCUUGGCGAUAUUGUGGUCAGCAUUCCUUCUAACGGUCAAAGUGGCGUGAUUCAGUACGACUUUGGUAAAACGAUCCAAGGCCAAAACUUCCAGCCUACAGGCUGCCUUGAUCAGCCGCCUACCGUCCUCCGUGCUGCAGUUAAUGGGCUUCGAGCCCAGUAUGAAAUGGAUGGUCAUCGACUUGAGGAGGCAGUCAAUGAGGCUCUUGAGAGAAAACCAAGGCUGCGGGAAAGAUACAUGCGGCCCGAUAUCACGAGUGAUCGGUUGUACCGAAGUCACGUCGUCCACCCACCAGAUAAUGAAUUAAGUUGCGCUGUAGGUUGCGCUGGCGAUCCAACCAGCCUAGUUUUACGAAAUCCACGCUUGCAGGAUGAAGACAACCCGACGAUACACUACGGCUUGGUCGCGUCAGCCAAUCAGCUAAUGAAGGAUGCUCUGACCCGCGACCGAGUAGUCGCAGAAAAGGAUGUUUUAUGCUUUGAAAUGGAAGCGGCCGGGUUAAUGAAUCAUUUUCCGUGUCUGGUGGUCCGUGGGAUCUGCGACUACUCUGAUUCCCAUAAGAGUAAAGAAUGGCAAGGAUAUGCAGCAAUGGUCGCGGCAGCAUAUGCCAAGGAUCUCCUAUUUCGAAUUACCCCUCAACAGGUGGAGGGAGAAGAGAGGAUUUUGGAUAUCCUGGGGUCAUGCAUUGACCAUGUGGGUGAUACAACUGACCGUAUUGACCGCAACUUUUCUCUUGAUAGAAUACCAGUUGCACAGGGCGCUGAGUACGACUCGUUUAUGGCUCAACAUGAAGAUGAAUGUCUUGCAGGCACAAGGACCCACAUUCUCGAACAAAUUCGAGAAUGGGCUAUUUCUCCGCAGGGGAAGUGUAUCUUCUGGUUGAACGGAAUGGCUGGAACAGGGAAAUCGACUAUCUCUCGCACAGUGGCAAAAUAUUUUAGCCAAAACAAGUCACUAGGAGCAAGUUUCUUUUUCAAAAGGGGCGGAGGGGAUCGAGGCAAUGCCAUGAAGCUUUUUCCAACGGUCGCAAGGCAAAUAGCAAUUUGCAUUCCCGAAACGAUCACUAGCGUCCAGAGAGCACUGGAUGACGAUCCUGGCAUCACGAUGAAGGGCAUGAAGGAGCAGUUCGACAAACUACUCUUCCAACCACUCCUAGGCUUAGAAGAAUCCGGCCGCCCAAUUCGGACUGUGGUGGUAGUGAUCGAUGCAUUGGACGAAUGUGACGAGGAUAAAGACAUGCGGCUCAUCCUCGAACUUCUACCAGAGCUCCAGAAACCAAGGGCUGUACGUCUACGAGUUUUUUUGACUAGCAGGCCUGAAACGCCAAUCCGUCUGGGAUUCAGAAAGAUUACAAACUACGAUUAUAAAGACCUUGUUCUCCACGAAAUUCGUAAGGAAGUGAUAGAGCACGAUAUAUCACUUUUCUUGAAUCAUCGACUUUCAGAGAUAAGAACGGAUCGAGAAACUCCCUUGCCUAUUGACUGGCCCGGAAGCAUAAAUGUUCAAAAGCUCGUGGCAUUAUCUAUUCCAUUGUUUAUUUUCGCUGCUACUAUAUGCCGUAUACUGGAGGACCCUUACUGGGAUCCAGUUGACAGUCUUGCUAAAAUUCUCACAUAUCAAAAUCAUGGAUCAAAGCUAGAUGGAACAUACCUUCCUGUGCUUGAUCGACUUCUCAAUACACAAAGCGAAGAACAGAAAAUGCAACUGGUCCAAGAAUUCCAUUAUGUGGUUGGUACAAUCGUUAUAUUAGCGAGCCCGCUCUCAGUCAUCUCACUCUCAAGACUUCUGGGCUGCUCCCAAGAGCUUGUGCGUCUUCGCUUGAAGCCAUUACAUUCACUUUUGAAUGUGCCGAGUGAUGAUGCUUUGCCAGUUCGGCUUUUCCAUCUGUCAUUUAGAGACUUCCUACUGGAUACGGAAACGCGGAAAAAGACUCCAUUCUGUGUAGACGAAAAAGAAAUACACCUGAGACUAGCGAAAAAAUGCCUUAGCGUGUGCGAAGGUUUGAGGCGAAAUAUAUGUGGGCUACCAAGCCACGGAACCGAGCGUGCGAAGAUUUCUCGGCAGACUAUCGACCACUGCCUUCCCCCUGAAUUGCAGUAUGCCUGUCGAUACUGGGCUAAUCACCUAGUGCAAUGCAUGGAAUUAAACGAUAUAGUACAUGAUGCUCUCUUGUUUCUCCGGAGACAUUAUUUACACUGGGUGGAAGCAAUGAGCCUUCUAGGUCUUGUGUCGGAAGUGGUGGGGAUGCUCAAUCUCGUCCGGGCGGCUAUAUCAGUAUGUUCGGCGGGGGCUAUAUAUGAUUCGCACUAA